GGAGCGCAGCCGAGCGCGCGGCAGAGGGCCGGGCGCGUGGGGACGCGGGCGUGCGGGGUUCCGGGCGAGCCGCGCCGCACCCGGAGCGCGCUGGCCGCCUGAGCUCGGCGCGGAUCCCAGUGCCCGGAAAGCCGCCCGCCACCCGCCCCCUGUGCAUUGGGCGGCAGCCCCGGCCGCGGCAGCCCGGCUCCCGGGGAGGGGAGCGCGCCCGGCCAUGGAGCCUUCGCACAAGGACGCCGAGACGGCGGCGGCGGCGGCGGCUGUGGCGGCGGCGGAGCGGGGGGCGUCCUCGUCCAGCGGGGUGGUGGUGCAAGUCCGCGAGAAGAAGGGCCCUCUGCGCGCCGCCAUCCCCUACAUGCCCUUCCCGGUGGCCGUCAUCUGCCUCUUCCUCAACACUUUCGUGCCGGGACUGGGGACGUUCGUCUCGGCCUUCACCGUGCUGUGUGGCGCCCGCACGGACCUCCCGGACAGGCACGUGUGCUGUGUCUUCUGGCUGAACAUCGCCGCGGCCCUCAUCCAGAUCCUUACGGCCAUCGUCAUGGUGGGCUGGAUCAUGAGCAUCUUCUGGGGCAUGGACAUGGUUAUCCUUGCCAUUUCUCAAGGCUACAAGGAGCAGGGCAUCCCACAGCAGCUGUGAGCCCGGGCGAGCCGCUGAGAAGCCCUGUGCCCAGGAGGGCCACGUCAGGCAGCGGCCGGCCCGGGGUCUUCACGUGUUCUCUUCUGCCGCUUCCUGGGUUUGGAGUGGAAAGAAGGGCAUUUGAGAAUACUAUUUAUUUUGAAAACGCACCUGCUUUUCUCAGCAGGCUCUGAGAGCUGCCAGCUCCUCCUGCUGCUCCAGAGAGUCCUGAAGCACAGACGCCCAGAGGGCAUCUGGGUUGGGUGGGGAGUGGGGUGGAGGCGGGGAUGCUGAUGCAAGAAGCUGGAGUGCCCCAGGCUCGGGCCGCCUCACUUCGUCUGCUGCCCACCGUGAGGGUGUGCGGGGCGGCCAAGCCAGGCAGCAGUGACCCCGUCCAGGCGAGCAGGGCUCGUCAAGGGGCAGGACUGCGGUGGACACCUCCUCUGGGCCCCUGUGGGAGUGGUCUCCUGGGGCCAACACCUGGGCAUGAAUAAGGAUAGACAGAUUCCUGCCUGGUGUGGAAAAGCCUGCUGUGCCCUCUGCUGUCCGUGGGGAUGGGUCCCUAUGGGUGUCUGCUGGCCCCAUGGCUGCCCCCAUCUCCUCGCCACUGAAGUCUCCAGGUCUGGGUGGAUCUGACCUUUGUUUCCCUGGGAAGAAGGCAGUGGCUCCAUUCCUGGGGCAAAAUUGCUGGAAUUGCCAGAUGUUCAUGUACAAGUUCACCAACCCAGGUCCACAUGGGCAGCCUUCCCCUUUACACUCAACACUGUCUGGGGCCCGUACUCCUUUCUCUGAAAUCCUUAGGGCCGACAGGUCUCUGACGUCACACAUUUUAAAUCUGAGGAAGAGAAGAAACGUUUGCCAUCCAUUUCGUGACAGCCCAGCGGAGUCUGGACCUGCUCACAUCAUGAAACACGGGACCACUUCUGUAGAGGAGCAUGUGAAUAAUCAGACUUAUUAGGAUCAAUAAAACUGUAAAUAGCUUCGCCUCAGUACAGGUCAGAUUUUGCCACUAAAUACGUAAGGGGAGAAAACUCACCAUUUGAGAGCUUUAGGGGUUUUAGAAUUGCAAAAAAAAAUAAUAAUAAUAAUAAUUGUGGACCCCUCUCUGAAAAUCCUUCUUCUGCAAAAAUCCUGCAAACAGAGGCAUUCGGGUGACCUUGCUGGUGUUAUACGGGGAUUCCUCCUGUUGCAAAGGGAUGAUCAGGGCCUUUGGGACAUCUAAGUGAUUGUUACAGAGUCACAACCACCAGAAGAUGUCUAAUUCAAGAUCAAUCAGCAAUUAAGAGAAAGGAGAUCUAAAUGACAAGGGAGACAUCACAUGUCUGCUUUCUUUUCAUUUUCAUUCUAACGUAGGGGUUGUUAAAAUGUGGGACUGGCCCAAAGCCAAGUUUCUGGCCUCACUGGACUGUGUGCCACUGGGUGUGUUUCUCUCCAAGGGGCUUUUCCUAUCUAUCAGGGACUCAGUCAGAAUUUGGCCAGGGAUGGAAGAGCAGCCUGUGGGCUAGUGGUAAAGAAUCCACCUGCUAAUGCAGGAGACAGAGACGCAGUUUCGAUCCCUGAGUUGGGGGAUCCCCUGGAGGAGGACACAGCAACCUACUCCAGUAUUCUUGCUUGGAGAAUCCCAUGGACAGAGGAGCCUGGGGGCUAUGGUCCAUAGGGUCACAGAGAGUCGGACAUGGCUGAAGCGAAGCAGCACAGAAGAGUGGCCUUUUCUGGUAGUUUAUCCCUUAAUGGAUGGAAAGGCUUGGGGAACCGGCAGCUGGGUAAGCCCCUCGCUCCACCGUGCGCCCCUUUGGGGGCCACUGCGUGCUUAGUCUCUGUUCCUAUACUCUCCACCUGGGGCAGUGGCCCACCUGCCCCAUCCACCGAACUUUCUAGUUACAGUCCUGCUGGGAGGUGGGUCUUGGGCUCCCUGUGGCCUGGAUAGCAAACCGGCAUCCUUGAAGAAAUGGAACUCCCUCAGCCACUUGCUGUCCCCCCACCUCCACCCCGGGCCCCGAAUCAGAGGUGGGCUCUCCGCUCCUUGGCCUGAUCCUACCCGCCUCCCACCACCCCGUCCAUCCCUUAGUUCUGAUGAGCUGCCUGGGGCCAGGUAACAUGUUGUGGACACCUGGCAGUGUCUGUCUCUUACCCCUCCUUUCUUCCUGGCCUCAACCCAAGCCUUUGCAGCUUCUUUUCACGUUUAGAAGCCUCUGUGUUGUCAAGGCGUGGGAUCGGAUUUGGCUUUAUCCAGAAAGUCAGAACCUUCUGCUGUGAGAAGACAGCAUCCCCCGGGCCAAGAGGAGAGCAGGCUGGCGGCUGGUUGCUCUCGAGGAAGUGGCGUCGGAGCGCGGAGCCUCCCCUGGAGUCGGAUAAAAACAGCUCCAGCAGAGGGAAGGAAGGCCAGCCCACAGCCCGGCACCCCCAGAUAGCUCCCCGGAGUUCGCAAUGACAGGUGUCAGGUGGAGGCAGCACCCAUACGGAGAGGUGGGGCUUUUUUUCCUGGCAUGGCUGGGGGUGGCUGCUGAGCGGGGUAAAGAAGAGCUAGCAAUUUAUGUCUCAUGUUUAGUGACACAAUUCAGACAUGAGGGGAGUUUUCUUGAGUGACAGGUGUCACCACGAGUCCCAGUGUGGGCUGGCUUCAUGCAGGGUUGUGUGUGCCUGGAAGGACAUCUCCCAUCCUACGCCCCCUCCCCAGAUCCUUCCCUUACCUGUGGCUGCUUCUCUCAACUUGAGAACACACCAGCCUCGGGAGGCAGGCCCUUUCCAGGUAGACCCCUGCCCAUCUUCUGAACAAUGAGUCUGUGAGGACUGCCCAGCAGGUGGAUCAGCUCAAAAUAGUUUCGUCAUUGUCAUUAGAUAAGGAACAGUGGGCAGUGUACUCCAAGUCCUCUGAGCUGGCCGCACAGGUGGUUAGCUUGUCCAGUUGCCAAGUUGUGUCUGACUCUUUGCAACCUUGUGGACUGCAACACGCCAGGCUUCCCUGUCCUUCACCAUCUCCUGGAGUUUGCUCAAAGUCAUGUCCACUGACUGUUAGAUGGCCAGAGUUAAUCUAUGAAGCACUGGCCAACUGAAAAGCAGGAACCUUGUAUGAGCAAGUGCUUGGUUGACACCCAACACUUUGGUUGGGUCUUGUCUCAGGGGUGAUAGUCCAAAAACCCCAGGGUGCAUUUCAGGUCCAGCCAUAGAUCAGUCAGAAUUCCGUAGGACAUUCCUAGGCCAUGGGUGCUCGGGACAGGGAUCACAGUGAAUGAGAAACUUGGAUCAGAGUGGCAAUUCCCUCGGGCUAGAGCAGGAUCCUACAGCCAGCAUGAGCCACCUGGCAGCCAGGGAGUGUCCUGUGGACAGUGGAGACAGUCCCCCUGGAUCUUAAGAUCUGAGUCCCUGACAAGACUUAGGGAAGGGCAGGGUCUCUGUGGGAGCCACAGGGACAGAUGGCUCCUGGCUCCAGUCCGGCACCCCUCCUGCCUUCUGUGGUGCUGGGGCAACGGGCAGGAGCCACCCCGCUGUGGCCUCGAAGCCAGCCUCUGGCUGUACUUGAGGGGAGGUGAGGAAGGGACAUAGUGCCCUCCUGCUGCUGCCCUGGACCCACGUGUCCGCCCGCUUGACAAGGACAGCCUCCAGACGCUGGGCCCUUGCCAGGCACUGUGUGGUGCCUUUUGAUCUCCUGUGACCCUUCCCGAGUGGCGGGGGAGGUGGAGUGGGGAUGGGGUGAAAUUUCAGCAUGCUGGGUUUUCAAACGUCAGAACUGAGGCACCAAGAGAGGAGGCCACGGGUCCCGCAUCACACGCGCAUGGCAUGGAGCUGACUUCAGUGGCCGAGAGGGAGUCCUCGGCAGGGGGGUGGGUGGUACCUGGCCCACUCGGCAGUAAUAGGGCACCACCCUGCCGUCACCACCCAGGCGGCCCUCAGACCCACGCUCCUCAUUGAAGGCAGGCCCGAAGGGUGCCCUGCACGGCAGUGUAAGAGAACGGUGGAGCCGAUGGGAGGGGCUGCCUCCUAACAUGCAGGAGUUUUCUCGCUAUUCAGCUUGCCUGAGUCCCUGGGCCUGAGCUGGGGUGGAUCCCCUCCUGGGAGGAGAGCAGGCGGUGGGCUGCGGGCCCACCUCGGGAUUUAAUACACCAGCUGUUUUUAUCACGUUAGUGACAUUGGCAAAGAAAGCCUCUUGCGCUGUGUAAACCGCUUGGGGAUGUAGACUUUAGAUGUAAAUUCUCCAGUUGGUGUCUGCAGGAGCUGUUCAGUGUUACAUUCCUCCCUGUUGCUGGUUGGUUUAGAGGAUUUUCAACAGGCAGGCUGGAGGUGGCUGAGCCCUUUUUUGCUAUGUUUUUAAAAUUUUAUUUAUUUUAAUUGAAGGAUAAUUGCUUUGCAAUAAUGUGUUGGUUUCUGCCAAACAUCAACAUGAAUCAGCCAUGGAUAUACCUAUGUCCUCCCUCUUGAACCUUCUCCCACCGCCUUCCGCAUCCCAAGGUGGCAGAGCACUUUUAAAGGACCAGUCCCCACUCCCCAGAGACCAUGACCUCGUCUCUAGGAUGAGCAGUUUGAAGCAAUUGCUGACCAUUUGCUGACACAUGCUCCUCUAUGGAACCCAGCCUUUGUCUCCAUGGGCUCCCUGUGCCAGCUUCCUGCAGUCCUAUGAGUGGGGGCACCCGUUUUGAUUUUGUGCAUCAGCAAGCCCUCAGUGGGCACCAAAUGGGCCAAGUAGGUCCUGAGCGUGGCUUUGGAGAAGCUGAUUGAAGGUGCUGUCUUCCUGGCGAGCAGCAUCCCAGGUGGGACGACGAGGUGAGUGGAGGUCGGAGAGGGGAGAUGCUCUCCAAGACCUAGGGCUGAGCCCCCAGAGAGCUUGGCGUGUGCUGGAGGAGAUAGGAAGCCAGGCUGUCAGCAGAAGGGAGGCUGAGGUCAGCCUGAGUAGGUGGCGAUGCUUGGGGGCCUGUAUUUUUCAUCACUUUUGUUCCCUUCAGAUUCUUUUAGAAAGUUCUUGAACUCACAGAGCAUGGAGGAUUAUGCUCAGAUUCUCAUAGAUCCACCCCAAAUCCCCUGUGGAGAGAGGACGAGCCCCUCUGGUGAUCGGUGGGGAAAACCCCAAACCAAGGUGACCCCAAAUGCCCCACAAGCCUGGAGAGGGUGAGUUCCACCCUCAGCACUCUCUCUCUCCUACUGCCUUGUGCCUCAGUUUAACCAUCUGUAGCUUGGGUACAAGAAGGGGCUGGGCAACUGUCGUUCUUCCCAUUUCUCUCAGAGCCAAAGGGCUUGGAGGCUGAGCCUUGCCAGGUGAGGGACAGGGAGAGGGAGCAGCAGGCCCCAUGGACUCUUCCUAGUAAAACCAAAAUACUGCCUGCCCUCCCCCCCAAAUUCCACUCUCCCUUCCUGAUCCUGUCCAGGGCAGGGAAGGGGGAGGUUGACGACAGGGUCCCACUCGUGUGUCCUGAUUUCUGGUACAAGUUGCCUCUUACCUUGGAUCUAGCUGUGAAAUCAUUCCCCACCCUUCUUCAUCCCUUCCUGGAUUUGUCGAAAUGCCAGCCACCCAGGCUGGUCCAGACUCCACAGUCCGCCUCCGCACCUGCACUUUCACCCUGGAGCGAGCAGAAGCACAGACACACACACACCCCCGCCUGUGCACACACUCACACCCACACACAGCACACACGUGCACACACAGCUCCCUUCAGGCUGGGAGGAGGCAGGCCAGGGUCUGUCUGGAGACUCAGGGUUGGGAAUUAAUGUCUCCAGAGGAGCCCAGUGCCCCAUCCGGGAACCGUCUCCCUCCAGCAUGGGCUCUGGCAGAUGGCACAUUUGGCCUCAUCCCAUGCCCAGAUACCCAUGCUUUUUCUUCUCUCUCCAGGACCCCUGGUCUUGUAUCUCUUCCUCCCAGGGUCCAUGGGCUCAGCAUCCCCACCCUACCAAACCUGGCUGUGCCCAUCCCCACACUCAGUUUGGCCUCCUGUGGGAGGGGUGGGGGGGUCUGCUCAGAGAGAAGGAGACAAUGGUCUCUUUCCCAGCUCUUGUAGGGCUGCACACAACCCUCUCUUUAAGGUCCUUUUCUGUUCCCACCUCCCCACUGCCAGCAGCCCAGGUACAGGAACCAGUAAGAAGAGAAGGGGGACAGAGGUCACAUCUGCCCCCACUUUCUGGGUUAGCACUUGACCCCUGUUCCAAGCAGGGAGAGGGUAUUGGUGGUUAUAAGUGGCCUGGACAGCCUGUGGGAGCAUGUGGCUGCCCCCCUACACAGGCUAAGCUCCAUAUUGCUGUAUGUGGUACCAUUUUUAAAAAAACAACAUAUAUAGAAAAAAGACUGAUUCUGUGUGUCUCGACAGAAUUCAUAUAUGAAUACGUGUUGUAUUUGAUUUAUAAUUUCUGAUACCAUGACUGGCUUUGUUUGGGUCUCUCUUCUUUAUGUUAGAUGAAUCACCGUACAUUUCUAUUGUUCUCCAGCAAGACCCACUCUCUGAUCUCCCAGGGCUUUCUUGUCUUCCGUCCAGACAACUGGGAGCCCACCCCACCACCACAGACUUCCCCUGGGAUCCAGUGCUCCUAUAUUUUCCAGCCCACUGCAACGACGGCAGCCUUCCUCCCUUCUGAGAGAGGAAGAAAGCUUUAAUGUCACAGACCUAGGGAAGUUUCCAGACUUACCUUGGCCCGAACCUUGCAGCCUGGGGCCCAGCCCUGCCUGCAACUUAGCUCCCCCAUAUCCUCAUAGCCCUGCCCACCUCCCCAGUGCCCACCUUGGCAGACCUGCCUGACCUGGCUGAGUCUCCACAGCACCCUCUAGGCACUCACUGAGGAGGGUUCCAAUUUCUCCAGCCUUCUCCCGGCUUUAAAUGCGCCCUUCAAGCACCAUUAUUGUACAUGUAUUGAAAAAUACCACGUAUGACAAUAAAAACUUGUGUACAUAUCUCCAUGUACAUAUUUAUAUAUUCCUAUUAUAAAUAUAGAAAGCAUGGCAUCUCUUUGACAUUCCAAGUUUGUGGUUUUUUUUUAAUCCCAAAAUGAUGGCUUUGGAAACCUUUUCUUCCUUUCCUUCUUUUCUAUGUAAUAAACAUUCAUGUGACCUUUC